GUCAUCUUGGAAAGCCAUGGCACUUAUGUUUUACCUACUUGCUGGCUUAGCAGCACUUUUAUCAAUAACAUCGACCGUAACAGCGACAACGUAUGGGCAAAAACUGGAGAGUUCGGUUUUAUUUAACAAAACUAUGCCAAUUCACAAAUACAAGACCAAAACUGGUAUGAAAGUCGUGAUCGCUAAAACAGGUGGACCUCAAGUGAGAGGUUAUGUCUGUUUAGCGACUAACGCUCACGAUGACAACGGAAUACCACAUUGCUUAGAACAUUUGGUGUUUCAAGGUAGUGAAGACUAUCCAUACACAGGGUCGUUGAAUCUAAUUGCGAAUCGAUGCUACGCGUUUGGAACCAACGCUUUCACUGCGAAGGAUCGUACGUGUUAUUAUAGUUCACACGUUGGAAAAAAUGGGUUUUUGGCACUACUGCCUGUUUUUCUGGAUCACAUUUUGUAUCCAACAUUGACGAAAUCUACCUUCACCACUGAAGUGUAUCAUGUGACUGGCGAAGGAGAAGAUGGGGGAGUUGUGUUUUCCGAAAUGGAAGCUGCGUCAGUCGAUUACAACUGGCGGGCAUUGCUACGCACAGUGCAUAAAGAUUCUGGUUAUGCUUCCGACACGGGUGGAUCUUUGCCCAAUUUAAGAGAAAAUACAACACACCAACAGAAUGUGGCUUAUCACAAAAAAUUCUAUCGACCGGAAAAUCUUUGCAUAACAGUGUUAGGAGAUGUGUCAAUCGACGAUGUAAUGAAAUCCAUUCAGAAAGUAGAGAAGAAAAUCGCAUCCAAACCAAAACUACCUAGAUGGACCAGACCAUGGAAAGUGAGACUGCCUGCGCUAAAAACAACUACAGUAAAAACACUACUACCAGCUAGUAACGAAGGUGCCACUGAUAUAUACAUUGCGUGGCGUGCUCCGAAUCCAGUCGUCCGAUUCCGAAAAUUGACGGCAUUUGAAUAUUUGUUGCCAUAUCUAGCCAGUAGUGCGAAACCGGAAGAUUUCUAUUCCAGUAGUGUCACCGGAGGUGUUUACGAUUUCACUCUUUACUUUCACUUUUUUGAUGUUCCAUUGGAUAAGACACACUUGGUGUAUCCAGCGUUGAUCAAGUGGUUGCGAAAAUAUAGGAAAAGUAAGUGA